AUGAAGUACCAGACUAUCGCUUUCGCCGCUUCGACCCUCGUCGGUCUUGUGGCGGCCGGUCCUUACCACCGCCACCACCAUGUGAGACGCGUUACCAAGCGUGAGGUUCCCCAGGAGCACUCUCACGAAGUCUUCCUCAACAUCACCAGGGAGUUCCUGAACAAGGAUAACCCCAAGGCCAUCGCCGACCCCGUCUUCGGCCUCCUGGGAGACGGAGCCGCAAAGGCUGGCGCCGGACAGGUCACCAACUUGGCCUGCUUGCAACAGGAGACCGCCGACCAGGCCUUCACCAACGCUAAAGCCGCCAAGGACAUCCGCGGCAUGUCCGCUGCUCUCGUCUACCAGACUCUUGAGCGCAACACUGCGGGUGUCGGUGUGAACAGCGAAGCUUGCACUGACAAGCCUGUCAACGCUGAGAUCGCCGCCCUGUCCAAGAAACAUCAAGACCCUGCCGCCGACGGUGCUGCGGCCAACAACAAGGAGGUUGCUCUUGCUCUUGCCAAGCAGUUGGCCGCAGUCGGCGGCGACCCCAUGUUGGCUCUUGAGAGCGGCACCUUCGCUCCUGGUGACAAGUCCGACACGACCUUCAAGGGUCUCAGCUGUGACACCGACACCGACCCUACAGGCUGCAUCUUCACCGAGAAGAAGCUCGUUCUUGACGCUCCUCCCGAAGAGAUCACUGCCGCUGCUCAGGGUGUCACCCAGACUGUCACUGGCGGCACCGGUGAGCUGAAGGCAACUCACAUCGAUAUCACCGGUCUUGCCGUCGCUGCUCAGGCCGGAAGUGCCACGGGUGCGCAGGCUUCCAGCACUCCUGCCAACGCUGGAAAAAAUGCCACGCCUGCCAGCGGAAACACGAACACCAACACCAACGAUGCUUCUUGUUCAGCAACCAGCUCCAACAACGGCGCCGCCCAAACCCAGACUAACAACGGCACCGCUGGUGGAAACAACGGAAACAACUCCAACAACAAUGGAAAUGCCAACAGCGGCAACGCCAACGCCGGUAACGGCAACAAUGUCCAGACCUUUACCGGCGCUCUCGGUGGCGCGCCUCCCCCGGUCAUCCAGAGCUCUGGCGACCGCCCCUUCUCCGUCAACGGCAACACCUUCGUCGGCAAGGGCGCCGCCCUCGGCCGAUCCUGCGACGUCCAGCACAACGCCUGCGCCCGCGCCGUCAACAGCGGUCAGCUCGAC